AUGAUAUUUAAUAUUAAUGAACUCGCAUCUGAACUUGAUAUUUUACCAAUAUCAAACGAUAUACUUCGUCAAAUUACAUACAUUUUAAAUGAACAAACUUCUGAAUCAUUAUCAUCAUUUAUCUCUCAAUCAUUUCAAUCGUUAUUAAACAUCGAAUAUUGGGCAUGGCGAAUACUUAGUAAAGAUUAUCGAGAAUGGACUAAUGAAUCCAAUUAUUAUGAUUUAUUUCAAGCACUUACAUCAUUUAAUACAAAAUUAGCUAUUAAUGAUAAUAAUAUUACAAUUGAAACGAAAGGAAUUCUUCUUAUUCCUCAUUCUAUUGAAUGGAUCGAUGGUAUAUUUGAUCAAAUUGAUGGAAGUGACGAUACAUUCCUAAGUAUAAUCAGUCUUUGGUUCAUUACACUCUCACAUUUUGUACAUGAAUAUUCUCAAUUUGUAUCUUCACCUGUUAUUGCUCAUAUUAAUUAUCGAAUAGCUCGUAAUAUCUUAAUGACUGACCAGUAUAAAAUCUAUUUAAACCAACUACGAGAACCACAUCCUUCACAAUCAAUAUUUACUAUUAAACAAUUAUUCUAUCUCAGAACAUGUUCACUUUCAUUAUCAGCUUAUCUUUCACCUAUACCACAAAAAUUUAUCUAUACCGGUGAACAAAUUAUUAAAUAUCUUGCUGAUGAUUAUAUUCAAAUUAUUCUUGUUCAUAGUUAUACAGUUAAAUCAUGGAGUCAAGAAUUACUUUCUUGUAUUGCUUCAUUAAUAAGUCUUAUAUCAACAUGUUGUUGGUGGGGUGGCGAAGAAGCACAUCAUAUAAAUAUGAUUGUAUCAAAUGAUUUAACAUUAUAUGAUCAUAUACCAGCAUUAAUACGUAUUAUUAGUUAUAAACCAUUUCAUGAGUGUAUUGAUGGUCAAUGGCCAAAUAUGGAAACAAUUCUUAUUGAUUCUAUAAUCGGAUUAUUACGCGGUGCAGUUAAUACAGAAAAAUUAAGUUGUUUUAUUCGUAUGACAACAUCAUUACCUGAUAUACUUACAUCUUUAGUUCAAACAGCACCUUAUGAUCGAAUAGUUUUAUGUGCACAUGGUUUAUUAACUGAAAUAUUAACUGAUGAACAAUUAAAAGAAUUAAAGAUUGUUAAAAAUAUAAAACGUUCAUGUGUUGAUAUACUUGAACAAGCUUGGAGUGAUCCAUCACAAAAAUAUCUACAUAUACCGUUAUUACAUAUACUUCGAGGUUUAGCUAAUCUAUCAAAAAAUGAUCUUGUUCAAGAAAAUAUAUCAAAACUUAAUAAAAUGCCAUUAUUAAUUGAAAUGUUAGAUAGAUAUCCAAUUGUUUACGAUAUACUUUGGGGUCUUUCAUUUAAUUCAUCUAUACAAGAACAACUCCGUUCAAAUCAUUCAUUUAUGAUCAAAUUAACUGAUGUUGAAAAAAAUUAUUCAAAUGAAAAAAUACGUAAAAUUGCACAUGGAAUACUUUGGAAUUUAAAUUCCUAUCAUGAUGAACAAAUAGCGUCAUCAUCAGAAAUAUUUGAUGGUACAAUAUUUGAUAUAAUGAUUAGUUAUUCACAUCAAGAUAAAGAUAUAUGUAAACAAUUAUAUGAUGAACUUGUUCGAAAUGGUUAUAAAGUAUGGAUUGAUUUUGAUCAAAUACAUGGAAAUAUUAUGGAUGCUAUGGCACAAGCUAUUGAACAUUCACGUACAAUUCUUAUUUGUAUGAGUGAACAAUAUCGACGAAGUAAUUAUUGUCGUGCUGAAGCUGAAUAUGCAUUUCAACGUCAAUUGAAAAUAAUACCCGUACUUUUACAAGAACAUUAUAAACCUGAUGGUUGGCUUUUAUUUUUAAUUGGUCAAGCACUUUAUGUAGAUUUUACAAAAUAUGAAUAUUCAACUGCAACAGAAAUGUUAAUUAAAGAAGUUCAAGCUUCACGUAUUCAAACUUUUCAUAAAAUAGAAGUUCGUUCAGAUCAAAAUAUGUUAUCAGUUCCUGCACGAAAUUUACCUAUCGUCGAACACUUAUCCAAAACAAAAGUACGCCCAGAAAAUAUUCAAAAUUGGACAGUAGAACAUGUGAACAGUUGGUUGAAAGAAAAUAAUCUUUUUGAAAUGUCACAACUUUUAUCGGAUGUUGAUGGACCAACACUGAUCUAUUUUAGUGAAUAUUUAACAAAAGGAGAUACACAACAAAUAUUAGCUUCAUUACAACAAGAUUCAUUACAACGAACUAAUCGUCAUCUAUCAUUUAUUGAAUUAGCUCAUUUUCGUAAUCUUAUUAGACAACAUGGAAUUUCAUCAUCGACAAAUAUUAAAUCGUUGAGUAAAAUGAACGAUCGAUGGAGACAACGACAAAGAUUAAUAAAUCGAUGUCAUGUAAUGUAG